UUAUGUUAAUGGAACGAAACCCGACUCGGUUGAAGAGAGCAGAGAUCACAAGGACGACGAGCUCGACUGGAACUGGGCAGAUAUAGAAAAAGCUAAGAAGUCAUCUCUACCAUCAGCACCUAUGCCACCUUCGAUCAAUUUGAGCUUGGAUGGUCAAGAACCCGAAGAAGAUAUAUGGGGCAACACGAAGGAAGAAGAAGACGAGAAAGCCGCCGCCGAAGAACUUGCCAGAGAAAUCGCCGGCGAGGAGAAAGAGUUGCACGCGCUGGCGAGGAAAGUAAAGAAGAAGAAGCUAUCUAAGUCAGACCAGAAGCGGUUCAAUGAGCUCACCAACAAGGCUCAAGCUCGCGCCGACGACGCCACCGCCUCCCGCACCCAUUGAAGAUGACGACGACAAGUACGAGUCCUCCAAAGAGAUGCUUCCCGGGGCCUUCCCCGAUGAUAACCAGGAUGAGAUAAUUGGCAUUGUUGAUAUAGCGCCUGUAGAAAAGAAGAAGAAGAAGAGCAGCAAAAGGAAUAAAGGCAAGGCUGCAGAGGUACCUCCUCCUCCACCCGAAGUCCCCAUGCCGCCUCCGCCGCCUCCAGAAGCCCCUGUUCCUCCUGCGGCUGUAUUGGAGGAACCCAUAACGCCACCGCCCGAAACCAAGUCCUCCAGAAAAGAUCGACCAAGGAUCAACCGUGAUGGAAGUGGAUCGUGGGGAGUGUGGUCGGCGACGCCUCAUAGGGAGGAGAAGAGGCCUAAACUAAGGUCUGAGGAGAAGAGUCACAGGAGAGAAAGAGAGGGAAAGUCAUCAUCUUCUAAAGGUUCCUCAUCCGACAGGGAUAGGAUAGAUGAGCGCCGAGAGAGGAAAUCAGCGCUGGCCCCUAAACCGCGAAAGGAGAGCGUAUUCCAAAGCACUCCUCCUAUUUCACGUUCUAUGUCAACUCGUGAGAAGCGACACAGUACGAACAGAACCAGUUCUCGCCGAUAUUCGGUCGAUAUGGAAAAUGGUCUGGCGUCUCCACCGCCAGAAGAAGCGCCUACAAUGUCCUCUAAAGCUGCAAAGGUUCUCGGUGUUGACAAGAGUCGGAGUCGUAAGAGUUCUGCACGCCCUUCAAACGACGAGGACUUCAUGAUGCACACAGCGGUCGACAGUCCUCCGAGUCCGGAGAAAUCCUCUCGCAAGCGUUCAAAAGCCAAGAUAGAGCAUGAUGAUAUGGACAUGAUGGAUGGAGAAUACCCCCCCAGUUUGACGCCCCUUAAACGAUCAAACUCAGGUGCGAAAAAGGGGCUGGCGGGUCUCUUUGGGGGCCUUAAGUCUGCUCCACGACCGGAAGUGCGUCCAGAAGUGCGUCCAGAACCCCGUCGUCGCAACACAUAUUACACUACAGAUGAUGAGUUCAAGCCUGAUAAAAGGGCCAAACGAGCUUCCCGAGACUAUCAUGGCAUGGAUACCGAGAUUGUGGAUGAAGAUAGAGAAGCCCGCCGUGCUGCUCGCCGUGCGAGAAGGGCUGAGGAAAAGGCUGCCGAGGAGGCCCACUUCGCGAGAGAGGAAGCAAGACGCGAACGUCACAGAAGACGGGAGGAGGAGGAAGCUGAAGCUCGCAGGCAAGCUGAACGCGAGACUCGGCGGGCGGAACGCCGCGCUGCCAAAGAACGCGAGGCAGAGCAGCGUGCGAUUGAAGCCAAGGAAGCUGAAAGAGCUGAGCGACGUCGACUUCGCAAACUGGAAAAGGAAGCCGAAGAGGCUGAAGCCGAGGCUCGACGCGCUGCUCGAGGCGAUCGACGACGUUCACGGUAUAUUGACCCUCCUGAAGAUGAGGAGGAGCGUAGACGGAGAAGGCAUGAAGCUAGACGCGCCGAAGAACGGCCUGAAAGGCCUGACCGGAGACGGUCGAUGCCAGCUGAUAAUUAUGUCUACCCUCCAGAGAGAAGCUCACGAUAUGCUGUAGAUGAGCAAAGGGUAGAUGGACACAGACGAACCAAGACCACUGCCUGGCCCCAUUCGGGGACAGAUUCAUGGGUGAAGGAGCAUUCAGAUGCCGGCCCGCCCCCACAUGACGGUCGCAUUCAUGAGGCUCCUCCUCCGCCAGAAGAUGACGAGGAGGCUCGCCGUGCCGCGCGCCGUGCCCGCCGUCGUGCGAAGUAUGGCGAUGUUGAUGCGGACAUGGAAGAGGAUCGAAGACGCCGUCACGCACGUCGCGAAGAGCGGGACCGUAGAGAACGUCGUGAGGAGAAAGACCGAAAAGACCGUGGAGAUCGCCGUGUAGGCGGUUCCGAUGGCAGCGGUGGUGGGCCGCGCGAGUCCUUCUUCACGGAUACCACACCUCGGAGCAGCUGGUGGAGAAAGCUCACUGGCGGGGCCUAAUCAAUCGGCUUUCUUUGAUUGAGAAAUUCCUGGGUUAUGUUCAGUAAGCGGCUUGCUUCGUCGCGAAUCCAAUCUUCGCUUUUGUACAAUGCUAUUUUUGGGGAGCUCGGUUUUUGUGGUAUCAUUCAACUCGUACCCCUG